UGUCUCCCUCCCUCACUCACACCUAAUCGUUCUUCUAAUUCAGAUUCACAGCAUCUAUCCAUCCAUUCAUCCCCAAAACAACAAUUAUUAUUAUUCUUAGAAAAGAAAGAAUUAGAGUAGAAUAGAAUAGAAUGGCAUCAAUGGGCGCUGCUGCAGCUGCUGCAAGCUCCACUGCUCUGGCUACACCAUUCCUGGGCCAACCCAAGAACUCUGUUGCUGCCAAUCCCCUCUCCAUCGGAAAUAAUAACAAUGCCAAAUACACCAUGAGCAAUGAGUUGUGGUACGGACCCGACCGCGUCAAGUACCUGGGCCCCUUCUCAGCUCAGACGCCGUCCUACCUCACCGGAGAAUUCCCCGGCGACUACGGCUGGGACACCGCCGGCUUGUCCGCCGAUCCCGAGGCCUUCGCCAGAAACAGAGCCCUCGAGGUGAUCCAUGGGAGAUGGGCUAUGCUGGGAGCCCUAGGGUGCAUAACUCCAGAGAUUCUUCAGAAAUGGCUGAGAGUGGAGUUGAAGGAGCCGGUCUGGUUCAAGGCCGGUUCACAAAUCUUCACCGAGGGUGGCCUCGAUUACCUGGGCAACCCCAACCUGGUCCACGCCCAGAGCAUCCUGGCCGUUCUUGGAUUCCAGGUGGUGCUGAUGGGGCUGGUGGAAGGGUACAGAAUCAACGGCCUGGAUGGAGUGGGAGAGGGCAAUGAUCUCUACCCUGGGGGCCAGUAUUUCGACCCCCUGGGGCUGGCCGACGACCCCGUCACUUUCGCGGAGCUGAAGGUGAAGGAAAUCAAGAAUGGCAGACUGGCUAUGUUCUCCAUGUUCGGGUUCUUCGUUCAGGCCAUAGUCACCGGGAAAGGCCCCCUGGAGAACCUCUUGGACCACCUCGACAACCCCGUCGCCAACAAUGCCUGGAACUACGCCACCAAGUUCGUCCCUGGAUCGUGAUAAUUAAUUAAUUAGUUUAUGUAAUAUCGAUCAAUCGAUGGAUCUCCAUGAUGUAUUUAUAGUCCUCCUGCUUCCAUUAUGUUCAAUUCGUUUAAUUUCUGUAAUACAGACAUGAUUGGAACAA